UCUUUGCCACACCUCCUCCACCCUACCGGUGGGGAUCCAGAUUGCGGAGGUUGACUAGAUGGCUCGCAGGAGGAUAGGGGACAGUAACUUCAGCACCCACCCGGGGGAAACGGCGACAAGGCCAUUCAAGGGAAACCUUGUGGCCAAAGUGGCACAUUAAUCGUACGGGCUGGAACUAGGGCUGGCUGUCACCUUUCAGUUUUAACGGAGUUUUGCAUGUUUUGACAUCUUUUGCCCCGUGAUUGUCAGGAGGAGGUGAAGUCUCACAGCCGCCAUCUUUGGAAACUGACUGGGGAGGAGUAGAGAACUUCGUUGUCUGGCUGCACACAACGAGUCGGCAUCGUACAACCUGGAAAAAGCUAGCUAGCAAACUCCAAUCUGUACUUCAGACUCGAGUCAGUUGGUUGCGCCCUUCUGCACCGAGUCCUUCCUUGCCUUGGUCAUUCUCUCCGGUUCUACCUGAACCUGGCCUCUGAUAGGCGCGGGAUUUACGAUCUACAGAGGUGGUGGCCAUCAAGAAGAUGUCUUAUAGUGGGAAGCAGUCCAACGAGAAAUGGCAGGACAUCAUAAAAGAGGUGAAGUUUCUCCAGACGAUUCAACAUCCCAACAGUAUAGAGUACAAGGGCUGCUACCUACGAGAAAACACAGCAUGGCGGAGAGGAAGCCUCCUCUGUUUAAUAUGAACGCUAUGAGUGCCUUGUACCACAUAGCGCAGAAUGAGAGCCCUACACUGCAGUCCAGAGACUGGUGA